AAACCGGACGCUUCGUGCACGCGGCGCUCCUCUCACGCACACACACACACACCCACACCGCGCUGGCAUUGAUAUACAUAUACACACGACGCCCCAAGUUCGUGUGUGUUGUUGUGUGGUGGUGCGAUUAAAUAAUACUCCACAAAAGGCCAAACAAAUUACAUAAAAUCGGAUUCGGAAUUGGAAUCGGAAUCAAAAUAAGUGUCCUCCUCCGUGUUGUGUUCAAGUAUAUGUAUAACCGAUUGUUUUCAUUAGUCAAAUUAAAAUAGUAAAUCGUAUAAAAAAGUGAACAAGUUCCUAAAAAAAAAGAGAAAUAAAUACACACACACAUACAGCGUCUCGUUUCUUAUAAAAUUUUCCUAUUGCGUCGGAAUAUUAUCGUCUUGAUUAUUGUUAUUGUUGUUGUCGUUUCGUGGCGAAUUUUUGCGUUUUGUUUCAACAAACACACUACGUGAGAUUAUUAAUUUGUGCAAAGCGAAGAAAAAACGAGAGUGUGAAAAAUCAAAGCGAGCAAAUAAAUAAAAUUAAAAAACCACACACAUACACAUAUACAAAGGCACGCGCAGAGCCGAAAAAAUACGCGCGCUUUAUUUGAUAGUGUGUGUGUGUACGCGCUGGGUCUUCUUCUUCCUGCGUGUGCCCAUUGGAAUUUGUACCCCAAAUCGCAAUUACAACAUACACAAACAGAGAGCCGCGCGCCCGUCUGCCAUCCUGCUCUCUCUCUUUGCCCGCCUAGUACGCAGCCAGGAGAGUGUGGAGUAUAGAAAGAGAGGGAGGAAAGAGCGCCAAGUUUUGUAAUCGUCGAUGCCCCAUCGCUUAAACACCAACGGUACUCAGCAGCAGCUUCAAUCGCCAAGCAGCGGCGCCAGCGUAAUCGCAGCGGCCGCCGUAGUCUCGGUAGCAGCCGCCUCGAGCAGCGGCAACACAACAGAUUGCAGCGAUAACUGCUGCAGCAGCCACAACGGCAUCGAGCAGUUCAACAUUGCUGCCACAACAGCAACAUCGGCGACAGCGGCAACAAUGCCGGCUAUGGCCAAGGAGAAAGCCUCAGCAGCAGUGUCCUUGGGCGAGCCCAAUUUCAGGGAUAUCAACAUGAAGGACCUGGCCGUGGUCGUUGGAGCCAUGGCGACAACAGCGGCGGCGGCAACGCGGCUGCACCACCAACAGCAACACAAGUGUGGCUGCGGUGCGGUGUCGGCGGUAUCGGCCACUGAGAACAACAACAACAGUCGCUACGGCAGCAGCAAGUAUCUGACAAAUGGCCACACUUCGCCAUUGGCGGCAGCGGUUGCCAGCAACAGUUCGUCGGUGGCCACGCCGCAGUGCAUCAAAUUGUGCUGUCUACAGAAUGAGAUGUGCGAAAUAAGAAAGCAGGAGCUACUGGGCAUAAUGCAGGAGCAGCAGGCGGCAACACAUCUGCAUCUAAAACAGCAGCGGCACCUAAAGCAGCAGCAGCAACAGCAGCAGCAGCAGCAGCAGCAACAACAGCAGCAACAGCAACAGCAGCAGCAACAACAGAAUCCUGCGCUCAGAAGGUCGCCAAACGAUUUCAUUUUCGGUCGUUACAUCGGCGAGGGCAGCUUUAGCAUCGUUUAUCUGGCCGUAGAUGUUGCAACGCGACGCGAGUAUGCAAUCAAAGUUUGCGAAAAGCGACUGAUCCUGCGCGAACGGAAACAGGACUACAUCAAGCGGGAGCGCGAGGUGAUGCACCAGAUGACCAAUGUGCCCGGCUUUGUGAACCUGUCGUGCACCUUCCAGGACCAGCGCUCCCUCUACUUCGUGAUGACAUACGCCCGCAAGGGUGACCUGCUGCCGUACAUCAACCGCGUGGGCAGCUUCGAUGUGGCCUGCACCCGCCACUAUGCCGCCGAGCUGCUGCUGGCCUGCGAGCACAUGCAUCGCCGCAAUGUGGUGCACCGUGACCUCAAGCCGGAGAACAUUUUGCUCGACGAGGAUAUGCACACGCUGAUCGCUGACUUUGGAUCCGCCAAGGUGAUGACUCCCCACGAGCGGGAGUUGGCCACCGAGCACUGCUCGGAACAGCGGCGCAGUCACUCGGACGACGAUGACGAGGACAGCGAUCGGCUGGACACCGAGGAGGAUGAGUACUGCGAUCGCGAUUCGGAGGAACUGGACGACGGCGAGGGAGAUGAGGAGCAGCAGCAGCAGGACGAGAUGGACUCGCCCCGCCACCGCCAGAGGCGUUACAACCGUGGACGGAAGAGCAGCUUUGUGGGUACCGCCCAGUAUGUCUCGCCGGAGGUGCUGCAAAAUGGUCACAUAACCCCUGCGGCGGAUCUGUGGGCGCUCGGCUGCAUUGUCUAUCAGAUGAUCUCCGGUCUGCCGCCAUUCCGCGGCAGCAACGAUUAUGUCAUCUUCAAAGAGAUCCUCGACUGCGCCGUCGAUUUUCCGCAGGGCUUUGACAAGGACGCCGAGGACCUGGUGCGCAAACUACUCAGGGUCGAUCCGCGAGACCGCCUGGGAGCCCAGGAUGAGUUUGGCUACUACGAGAGCAUCCGGGCGCAUCCGUUCUUCGCCGGCAUCAACUGGCAGACGCUGCGUCAACAGACCCCGCCUCCCAUCUACCCCUACCUGCCGGGCGUCAGCCAGGACGAGGACGUCCGGUCCAGCUACAUUGUGCCAGGGGACUUGGAGCCGGGACUCGACGAGCGGCAAAUAUCGCGACUGCUCAGCGCUGAGCUGGGCGUUGGCAGCAGUGUGGCUAUGCCCGCCAAGCGAUCAACCGCAAAGAACUCCUUCGACCUGAGCGAUGCCGAGAAACUGCAGCGCCUUGAGCAGCAGAAGACUGACAAGUGGCACGUGUUUGCCGACGGCGAGGUGAUCCUCAAGAAGGGAUUUGUGAACAAGCGCAAGGGCCUGUUUGCGCGCAAGCGAAUGCUCCUGCUGACCACCGGACCGCGGCUCAUCUACAUUGAUCCCGUGCAGAUGAUCAAGAAGGGCGAGAUUCCAUGGAGCGCUGAUCUGCGGGCGGAGUACAAGAACUUCAAGAUCUUCUUUGUGCACACGCCAAAUCGCACAUACUACCUGGACGAUCCCGAGGGCUACGCCAUCCACUGGUCGGAGGCCAUUGAGAAUAUGCGCAAGCUAACCUACGGUGACGCCUCCUCCUCCUCCACGUCCGCCUCCGCCUCUGCAGCGUCCUGCUCGAGCGGCAGCAGCAAUAGCCUAGCUGUCAUCUCGAAUUCCUCCGCCGCCUCCUCGAGCAGUUCGCCCACGGCGCGACGCAGCUCGCCCGUGAACGCUCCUCCCCAAUCUUCGAUGGCGUCCGACAAUCGGAUACUGGGCAGCAGCAGAACAGGGACAUCGCCGAGCAAAAAGACGGCGUCCAAGUGAACGUAUCCCUAGUUGUAGCAAUGUGAAAUUAAAUUAUAAUUUAGUUGAAAUUUAGUGCAAAAGAAGCAGGCGGGAUUAGGAUAUAUGUAUGGUAGGCAUAGCAGUAGGCGUAGGCGAUAGAGAGGAACUAACGAUCGUGUCUCUAGUGCUAAUUAGAACCCAAUUUCUGUUUUUCGUUUUAUAUUGUGCUAAGGCGGAGAAUAAACACUAAUCUAAACUAAUUUAAUUUAAGUACAUCACCUUAAGUAAAUUCAAUUUAAAAAUUAAAUUAAAUAUUUAUAUACAACAUACAUGAAUACAAAUAUAUUCGUAUUUAGCGCGUAGUUAGUCACAAUUUAACUGAAUUACCGAACUAGGAUCAGACCGAGAUAUAUAGAUCAGAUCAGAUCAGAUCGUUGGGGACGGAGGCAAAGUGGCAUUCUACGCUUCAUAUAACUUCAUGAAGCAAAAGAGAAGCCGUAUUUAAUUUGUGAAUUACUAGAAAAAUGUGUGGAAAAUGUAAAUGUAUAUUAUGUGUAUGAAAAUUUGGAGAAGUGGGAUUACUGUUUCUGUGUUAUGGUGGCAAAAAGAUCACGUAUCUGUUAAUGUAAAUUUUGUAAAAAAAAAAAACAAA